UCCAGUAUUUACAAUAGUGGGAAAAAUGAUCGAGUUUGGCUCGAAGACAAUCUAUCCGGGUCCAUCAUCAGCCAAACCUCCACUGGCUCGUCAGCCCAAGUCGUCCAAGAAAUCAUCCUUGAAGCAGUCACAUCCCGCGUCCUUACUCUCCACUGCAUCAGUCACCACCAAACCAAGCUAUACAACCACAGUAGGCAGUGAGUGGUUGCGUCCUCAAAUAGUGGUUGUCUGCUGCAAUUACGCGGUUACGUUACCGCUGACGCGACACGCGAUCGCUGAGUGUCUGCCGCCCCCGCUGCGUGAAAAGGAGCCGCUAGUGCCUUCGCCAUGGCUCAGAGCCGAUGCUCGCACCGCACAAAUUGUCACACCUCAAGAGCCGCCUGAUACAUCCAAGCUGUCGUCUCUUUCGGAUGAUCGAGACUUAUCGGAAGUCAUUUCUCCAAGAGCACUGAAGUUCAUCAGACAUGGACCUUCAGAUUUCAAACCAAAAUUCCGAUCACUUUUGAGUCCUGCGUACGGACUUUAUCAAUCCAGAACCCAGCAACAAGUUCAGGAUGAUGAUAAGCAUAUGGCAAGCAUGGUGGAACAAUGCGCUCCUCAUUUGGCACUGAAACUUUAUCACCCCGAAGAAAUAAAAUUCUCGCAGCCUCUUCCCGUCACACGCCGUAUGAAAAGUUUCGAUCUUUCUUCGCCGCAGAAACUGAUGAGAGUGAAACUGAAAUCUGAUACAUCAAGCUCUAUUCAAGGAUCCUGCAACGGCAGCACUUUGCAUUCUAUCAAUAGUCGCACUGACACCAACACCAAUACUAAUUUCAAGUGAUGAGACUAACUUUGAACUAACACUGAACUUUUCAAACAAUACUAUUGUUUUUGACCCUUGUAAGCUGUCCUCCUGAUGAUAAUUGUCAUAUUGUUGACCGAGCGAAGUGAGGUCUAAGAUUCAAGUUGACGGUUUGGCAUUUCCCUUAAUGUUUAUAUGUUGUGCAUUUACGGCGAA